GAUAUUUUCUAUUUGGAAUUAAUAUCUAUAUAUAGAUUCAUCCCAUUUUAAGGAAAUCACAACAUAAAUCAGAAACCUUCAGAGCAAGGAGAAAAUCAUUUCUUCUUUUCUAAAUUUAGGAGUUGGGAGAGAAUGGCAACUAGUGCUCUUCCAAGACAUGUUGUGCUGAGCGUCCCAAGAGCUGCCACAAACACUUACGUGUACCGCAGAGACGACGGCACCGUUGCCGAUGGAAACAACGACAUGCUCAGCGAGCUCGUCAAGAUAGAAAUCGAGCGAUCAAGAGCCGAUAGCACGCGCGUCCAUCUCCGAUUCCGCUUCACCAACAGAUACUGGCAGAAAAACGCAAACGACGACUCCAUCGUGGCCGUAUCCAACAAGCCCGAAGAGGACACCACGAACCCGUCUUGCACGCUCUUCCACACCACCCUCCAGUCGGACAACGCGCUCUACCUCACGCACGUCCAGACCGGCUGGCGCGUGAUGGUGAACAAUUCCACCCGUGUUUUCUACGUCGACAGAAGCAGCGUCGGCGCGCCUCUCGGGUUUUUGAAUUGGGACUCACUGGUGAAACUGCCGACGCACGUCGCGUUUAAAGGAGACAACGGGCAGUACCUCAAGGCGUUCCGGGAUAUCAACCAGAACUACCUCCAGUUCGGAUCUGAGGAUCCGAACGACGUUCUGUCCGGACAUGAGGUCUCGAUGAUGCGAGACGGCCACGUCCGGAUAAAGUCCGAUCUCUGGGGCCUGUUCUGGCGGUGGGAGUCCAGAUCCGGAUCGGAUUGGAUCUGGGCGGAUUCAGAUGAUGUCACUGCCAACGAUGAUGCCACUCUUUUCUGGCCUGUCAAAAUCGACGAAAACACGAUCGCGCUGCGAAGCGCGGGCAACAGCCGCUUCUGCAAGCGCUACACCACGUCUCGAUUGGAGAGCUGCCUCCACGCGGGGGCGGGCAGCAUGACGAUCGAGGCGAGGGUGCAGGUGGAGGAGCUCGUGACCUCGAGGAAGAUCUACGACGUGAGGUAUCGGAUGGAGGACGCCAGGAUAUUCGGGGAGACGCCUUAUCUAGGCGGGACGACCUCGGUCAUCAACGAGUCGGACGAGGCCGGGUCGAUCGCGGUGACGAUGACGUACAGGGACGAGAAGUCCCGGUCGUUCUCCCGCAGCACGUCGGUGGCUGCGGGGGUGACGACCUCGAUCACGGCGGAGGUGCCCGGGAUCGCGGGGGCGAGCGUUAGCAUUAUGACGCAGAUAAGCGCGGGGAUCGAGUGGAGCGAAACGACGUCGCAGACGGUGGAGGGGUCGGCGACGGGGACGGUGCCGGUGCCGGCGAGGAGUCUGGCGGUGGUGCAUUAUGUGGGGACGAUGGGGACGUGCGAUGUUCCGUUCUCGUACAGGCAGGAGGAUAGGAGUUCCACCAGCGGCGAGAUCAGUAUCACUGAUCAGAUUGAUGGUGUUUUCACCGGCGUCAAUGCUUACAACUUCCAGUUCAUCGUCGAAAGAUAUCAGCCUCUCGACUGAUUAACCAAUCCAAUCCAAUCCAAUCCAUUCCUUUACUUGUUUGUUGUUAUGUCUCAAUAAGUGGGGUCUUUUAAUAAAGAAAAAUCUUUAGAU